GGGAGAGAGGAGAGCGGCGGCGGCGGCGGCGGCGGCCGUAGUAGGAGGCAUCCGCUGCCCAUGAGGGCCUGAUGGAAAACACAAAGGACCUGACUGAACAUUCUUCACGGUCAGAAAGGAAGAGACGUGACUCAUUCGGGAUGUUUGAUGGUUAUGAUAGUUGUAGUGAGGAUACCAGUAGUAGUUCCAGCUCUGAUGAGAGUGAAGAGGAAGUUGCUCCCUUGCCCUCAAGCCUUCCAAUUAUCAAGAACAAUGGACAGGUCUACACAUACCCAGAUGGCAAAUCUGGCAUGGCCACCUGUGAAAUGUGUGGAAUGGUCGGUGUCAGAGAUGCCUUUUAUUCUAAAACGAAGCGUUUCUGCAGCGUCUCUUGCUCAAGAAGUUACUCAUCGAACUCUAAGAAGGCCAGUAUUCUGGCCAGACUUCAGGUAACGGGAAAACCUCCAACUAAGAAGGCUAAAGUGCUGCAGAAACAACCUCUAGUUGCUAAAUUAGCUGCAUAUGCUCAAUAUCAAGCAACAGUACAAAACCAAUCAAAGACUAAAACAGCAUCUGUUCCAGUGGAAGGUUUCAAUUGGGGCCACUACAUCAGUAGCAAUAGUUCCACAGCCGCUCCUGUUAACUGUUUUAAACAUGCUCCUAUGGGGACUUGCUGGGGUGACAUCUCCGAAGGAGUGCGUGUAGAAGUCCCUAACACAGACUGCAGCCUACCUACCAAAGUCUUUUGGAUUGCUGGGAUUGUGAAAUUAGCAGGUUACAAUGCUUUAUUAAGAUACGAAGGCUUUGAAAGUGAUUCGAAUCUGGACUUCUGGUGCAACAUCUGUGGUCCUGAUAUCCAUCCAGUUGGCUGGUGUGCAACCAGUGGAAAACCUCUAGUGCCACCUCGAUCUAUUCAACACAAAUAUAUGAACUGGAAAACUUUCCUGGUGAAACGACUCACUGGUGCCAAAACUCUUCCCCCUGACUUCUCUCAGAAGGUAUCAGAAAGCAUGCAGUAUCCUUUCAAGCCUUCUAUGAGAGUAGAAGUUGUUGAUAAAACACACCUCUGCCGAACACGGGUAGCAAUUGUAGACAACGUAAUUGGAGGCAGGUUAAGAUUAGUAUAUGAAGAAAGUGAAGACAAAACAGAUGAUUUUUGGUGCCAUAUGUAUAGCCCACUCAUCCAUCCCAUUGGUUGGUCUCGAAGUAUAGGACAUCGGUUCAAAAGAUCUGAUAUCACAAAGAAACAGGAAUCUUACUUUGAUGCACCUCCACAUUUAUUUGUUAAGGUAAAAGAAAUAGAGUCAAGUGGAGAAUGGUUCAAGGAGGGAAUGAAGUUGGAAGCCAUAGAUCCAUUAAAUCUUUCUGCAAUAUGUGUGGCAACUAUUAGAAAGGUAUUAGCAGAUGGAUAUCUUAUGAUUGGAAUUGAUGGUUCUGAGGCGGCAGAUGGGUCUGACUGGUUCUGUUACCAUGCCACCUCCCCUUCUAUAUUCCCUGUUGGUUUCUGUGAAAUCAACAUGAUAGAACUAACUCCACCCCGAGGUUAUGCAAAACUACCUUUCAAAUGGUUUGACUACCUCAGGGAAACGGGUUCAGUAGCAGCCCCUGUGAAGCUCUUUAACAAGGAAGUUCCAAACCAUGGGUUUCAUGUUGCAAUGAAAUUGGAAGCUGUGGAUCUCAUGGAACCUCGUCUAGUAUGUGUGGCCACCGUAACUCGCAUUAUCCAUCGCCUCUUGAGGAUACAUUUUGAUGGCUGGGAAGAUGAGUAUGAUCAAUGGGUGGACUGUGAAUCUCCUGACUUAUAUCCUGUAGGGUGGUGUCAACUAACUGGUUACCAACUACAGCCUCCUGCGUCACCAUCAUCGAGAGACAGCCAGUCAAGCUCAUCCAAGCAGAAGAAAAAGUCUAAGUCGCAACAGUAUAAAGGACACAAAAAAAAGAGGAAGAUACCAGUUGGGAAGAAGCCUGUCAGUUUGUCGAGCGUCCCCAUGACAGGUGCGGUACGGAGGAGCUUCUCUGGUGAUGAAGAGUUGACUCCUCCUCAGUAUCGAACCCUUCCAGCACAGACAGCCCCGGAGGCCUGCCAGCCUCCCAGGACUAGCAGAGAGUUCAGUCCCAGCCUCAAAACAGUAUCUUCACUGCAGCUGAAGGAAGAGUUGCUAGAUGGAGAAGAAUACAGCUUUCUUCAAGGAGCAUCCGAUCAGGAAAGCAAUGGGUCAGCCAGCCACUACAUCAAACAAGAACCUUAAGGGUGCCAGUUGGGCAGGAUGGUGUAGAAGAAGCCUUUCUUCAAGACUGACGUUCACAUUCUGAUGAUACAGUUUGAUGGCUUCCACUAAGGGCACUUUGCUAACUGCAGAUAAGAUUUCAAUUCAGAAAUUUUGGAGGAUGAGGAAAAUAUUUUAGUGAAAAAAAGAUUUUUCAAUGUAUUAAAAAAAGUUGACACUUAUGUGUUGUAUUUGAAACUUUUAAAAAGAAUUUUUGUAAUAUUUUCGAGUUCAGAUUUAUUGUGCAUUGUUAAAAAAAUGAGAUUCUAAUUUUUUGGUAAGAAUUAAAAGCUUAAUUAUAGCAGGAUUGCAGGAAACCCUUUGAGGAAAUUGAGAUGGUAGUAUAGGCGAAAAAACAAAAGAACUGUUUCUGGUAGGUGAACCUUCUGGUACAAGCUGGGAGAUUCUGAAUUUUAAAGCUACACUAGUCAUAACCUGUCCUUUUCACAGUUGAAAUCAAUGAGGCUCAAGUUUCAGGGUGGUGAAAACGUACUGAAAUACUUUGAAAGAAUGGAGUUUUAAAAAGGAUUUCUCCUGGAAGUGACAAUGUAGCCAAUGAGAGCCUGCUUACUAUUCUGGAGAAUUAAGCUCUGUCCAAUCUUUCUUGAGAUUGUUUGUUGGACAAGAUACAGGUGACUGUGGUUUUCCUGUUCACAUUUUGAAAUCUUGAGAUAUUUUGCAAGCAAUCAGCAAAGUUUCAGCUGGAGAGGAUAUACAAUGGACAUGAAUUCGAGGCUUUUUUCUUGUGCAAUGAAAGGAAGAAAGACCCAGAAGGCCCUUCUGUACUAACACAUCAAUAGGCUUGAUUUCUAUCCUGGUCAAAGACACAUCUGCUGGAAAGGUAUGGGCAGAGGAGGAAGACCGAAGUCUGCUGGACACAGCAUUUUGCUUCACCUAUCUGUCUGGAAUUGCCUUUUGCUUGUUAUGAAUCGCGCCGACUUGCCUAAAGAUGGAUUGAUCCCUGCUGUAGGCAUUGUAUUUUCUGCAACUUGGCUGCUUAAGGCAUUUUUGUGCAAAAUGUUUCCAAGAACUUGCAAUGGUUGGUGUGGCAGGGAUGCUGACUUGCCUGGAAUCUUUUCCUGAAGAUUUAUACCUAUACAGUAUAGAUAUUAGCAGAUUGCUCCAGUCACAGAACUGAACAUGCUGACGUGUUUCACUCUGCAGUGUUGUGACAGGAUGAUAUGUGUCAAGAAUUUUGCUUUUACCAGUAAGGUUCAUUAACUAAACUCUCAGGAAUUAACUACUUAUGUUCUGUAUCUGCUUCUGGGUCAUAGCAAGUCCUCUUUAGAGCAGUGUGACUGGCAGCUGCUUGACUCUCUAAGGUAGGAUUUAGAAGAAUUUAAUCUUAUAGACUAACCUCUACACAUUUUAAACCUAAUGCUUUACAACUAGCAACUCUCAAAACCCCAGAGAUAAUUUUUUUGGCAUAUAAAUGUUUUGAAUUUUUAAAAAUGCAUAGAAAGUUGAAAACCAGCAAUUUUGAUUCUUUUCUUAAUUAUCUUGCUCUGUUGUUGGGUACAUACCAUUGGUGAUAUGCAAAGGUUUACCACAUUCUAUGCAAGAGGGGAUAAUGAUGUAAAAUUUUGUAGUAACUACUGGAAGUACAUUUUUUCUGUAUAGUAUAGGAAUGUAUGGGAACUAUUUCUAGUCUUUUUCUCCCUCCCCAUAAUGGGCCAUUUUUGACAAAGUGCUUCAUGUAUACAUAUUUUAGAAACUGAGUACCAGGUGUCAAAUACUUCUAAACCUAGGUGGCAGUUACUUAUGUCAUGUUUCUAAAAGGCUUUUAUUCAUGGUUCACACAACUGUGGCAGAAAUGGGAGCUUGAUGGGUGUAUCUUUUUCCCCCCUCCCUGCACCACACACGCUGCAUUGCAGCUGUUGUUUUUAAUCUUACUUAGUUUAGAAAACAGCUUUGAAUGCUGCACAAGAGGGCUGCUUUGUGGAGAGAGCAGCAAACAGUUGUAGAAUGUGUGCUUGUGUAGUACAAGGGACACAUAUGUCUAAAUGUUGCACAGCUUCACAGGAUCACAUCCAGUGGCCAAAAUUCUGUUGCUUUGUGUAGUAAUUUGCAAUAGCGUAGGCCCACUGACUCAGAGGGAUUUGGUGAACCAACACAUCUGUAAGUUCCAUUGAUUCAAAUGAGCCUGUUCUAACUGUAAGUUAUUUUAGCAUAGUAAUUCACAG